AUGAUAUAUCGCGGAAAAGCUGCCUGCGAGGGUUGUCCAGAGUCGGUCGAGACUCUUCUCAAGCAAGCCUAUCCGACCAUCGACAUUAUAUUCGCUGGCCCCGACGAAGCAACUCAUAUCAAUUCCGAAACUCUAGGUCAGGUGGAAAUCUUCGUUCAGCCUGGCGGCCCAGAUCUUGAUAGAGCAUGGCAAGAGGCCAAAUCGUAUGCCCCCGAUGUGCGCGCCUUCGUUGCUAACGGCGGUAUCUCCCUUGGAUUCUGCCUUGGUGCCUUUCUUGCAGGACCACACCAAGGCUUUGGUCUCAUCCCCGUGGGCGACAGGGUUGUAAGAGAGAUCGAGAGACCGAACUCUCAGGUUGAUGGUAUUGAAGAUACUGUCAUUCAAGUCGACUGGACAUUUUCGACUAGCAAAAAACGAGGUACUAAAGACAACAAUCGCUGGCUCUAUUUCCAAGAUGGCGCCACAAUCAUUCUAUCUGACGGCUCACCAACGAUUGUUCUCGCGCGAUACUCUUCAAACCACGAUGUCGCUGCCACGCUGAAUGCUUACGGUAGCGGCUGGGUGGCAAACAUCAGCCCUCAUCCGGAAGCGGAUCAAAGCUGGUAUGACCUCGCCGAAAUUUCGAAUCCCGAAGGUAUACAAUACGACAUUGGGAUUGAUUUCGUCAGAGCGGCUGUAAUUCGUGCCUUCAAUUGCUUCCAUCAUCGAAAGCAUACCGAGCUUGAAGUUUUGAGAGACCUGAUAUCUGCUGACGAAGGUUGA